UUCUGCUGUCAAGUAGCUAGGGUGGGCUCCGCCUAGGCGAGGAGUGGCGCCGGUGGGAGAUGCGCUCCCAGCUGUUUGCGGCGGCAGGAGCGGGAAAGCUGUAGGGCCAGGCAGCGCAGCGGCGACAGGAGUGGGGAACAGGUGUUUCAUAGUACUCAACUGCCAUAAAGCUUUCCUUAUUUUUGAAAACUGAACCAUCUAUUCAACUGAAGAUGAAAAUGUCAUUGCUGGUCAGCCAUCUCCUGCUAAUCCCCAUUACAUCCUGCCUAGCAGAGUUCACAUGGCACAGAAGAUAUGGUCAUGGAGUUUCUGAAGAGGACAAAGGAUUUGGACCCAUUUUUGAAGAGCAACCAAUCAAUACCAUUUACCCAGAAGAGUCCCUGGAAGGAAAGGUCUCACUCAACUGCCGGGCACGAGCCAGCCCAUUUCCGGUUUACAAAUGGAGAAUGAAUAAUGGGGAUGUUGACCUGACGAAUGACCGAUACAGUAUGGUAGGCGGAAACCUUGUCAUCAACUACCCUGACAAGCAGAAAGAUGCUGGGAUAUACUACUGCUUGGCAUCCAAUAACUAUGGGAUGGUCAGAAGCACGGAGGCGACCCUAAGUUUUGGAUAUCUCGACCCCUUUCCUCCUGAGGAGCGUCCUGAGGUGAAAGUGAAGGAAGGGAAAGGCAUGGUGCUCCUCUGUGACCCUCCAUACCACUUUCCAGAUGACCUUAGCUACCGCUGGCUCCUGAAUGAAUUCCCUGUAUUUAUCACAAUGGACAAGCGGAGGUUUGUGUCUCAGACCAAUGGCAAUCUCUACAUUGCAAAUGUUGAGGCUUCUGAUAGAGGCAACUACUCCUGCUUUGUGUCCAGCCCUUCUAUUACAAAAAGUGUAUUCAGCAAGUUUAUACCCCUCAUUCCAAUACCUGAACGAACAACAAAGCCAUAUCCUGCUGAUAUUGUAGUGCAGUUUAAGGACAUCUAUACCAUGAUGGGCCAAAACGUGACUUUAGAGUGUUUUGCUCUUGGAAACCCUGUUCCCGAUAUCCGGUGGCGGAAGGUGCUAGAGCCAAUGCCUAGCACGGCUGAGAUAAGCACCUCAGGGGCUGUUCUCAAGAUCUUCAAUAUCCAGUUAGAAGAUGAAGGCAUCUAUGAAUGCGAGGCCGAGAACAUCAGAGGAAAGGACAAGCACCAGGCAAAAAUUUAUGUUCAUGCAUUUCCUGAAUGGGUAGAGCAUAUCAAUGACACUGAGGUGGACAUAGGCAGUGACCUCUACUGGCCUUGCGUGGCCACAGGGAAGCCCAUUCCUACCAUCAGAUGGCUGAAAAACGGAUAUGCGUAUCACAAAGGGGAACUAAGACUGUAUGAUGUGACUUUUGACAAUGCUGGGAUGUACCAGUGCAUUGCAGAAAACGCGUAUGGAUCCAUUUAUGCGAAUGCCGAGCUCAAGAUCCUGGCGUUAGCUCCAACUUUUGAAAUGAAUCCCAUGAAGAAAAAGAUCCUGGCUGCUAAAGGAGGAAGAGUUAUCAUUGAAUGCAAGCCCAAGGCUGCGCCGAAACCCAAGUUUUCGUGGAGCAAAGGGACAGAGUGGCUGGUCAACAGCAGCAGAAUACUCAUAUGGGAAGAUGGUAGCUUGGAAAUCAAUAAUAUUACAAGGAAUGAUGGAGGAGUCUAUACAUGCUUUGCAGAAAAUAAUAGGGGGAAAGCCAAUAGCACUGGGACUCUGGUGAUCACAAAUCCCACACGAAUCAUUUUGGCCCCAAUUAAUGCUGAUAUCACUGUUGGAGAAAAUGCUACGAUGCAGUGCGCUGCGUCCUUCGACCCUUCCUUGGAUCUCACAUUUGUUUGGUCCUUCAAUGGCUACGUGAUUGACUUUAACAAGGAAAUUACACAUAUUCAUUACCAGAGAAAUUAUAUGCUCGAUGCCAACGGGGAGCUGCUCAUCCGCAAUGCCCAGCUGAAACAUGCCGGAAGGUACACCUGCACAGCACAGACCAUCGUGGACAAUUCUUCAGCUUCUGCUGACCUUGUUGUGCGAGGUAAAAAGAGAAAAGAUGGCGAGAAAAACAUGGUGGACCCCUUUCUCCCCGUCUGUGCCAGCCUGCCUCCAACCUGGUGAUCUGGACACUCACCUGUUGUGUGAAAGUCCCCCAUCCCCCAAACUUAAAAAUAAAGUGCCAAACUAGAUUUUACUAAUUAACCCAACCUUGUAGCUUUCCAUGGCCCAUCCUAGUUUGUAGAGGAUGUUUGAGAGUUAACAUGCUUUGAAGUAAGAUGUUUUGAAAUACUGGAUUAGCUUCACUAACACCUGAACACAAUGCCUAGCAUACUAACCGAAGGCAUCAUAUACUAGCCCAGAAAAAUUCCCAUGUUUCCUAUGCUGUUUUUCUUUGAGAUUAUCUAUCUCUGAAGUUAGCCCAUUACCCCCAAAAGUUAAGAAGAACUGAUGACAUAUAAAAAGGGAGUGUUGCCGCUACAUGAGCUGUUUAAUUUAUUACAGCAGGUAACGAAGUGUUGCUGUCCAAUUCACCAAUCAUUUUAAUUGGAGUGCAAGCUGUGUGGGGCCACACUACUAGUGACUUUCUUAUCUAACGCUGUCUUCCACACUUUGGAGGAAUACUUGAAAAACAGCUAUAAGCCAGGGAUCGUGACCUUCAAGCAUCUUGGAGCAAAGUCUGUGUUUGGGAAGAGAAAUUGGACAGUGUAUAGAGUGAGAUUCACAGGAAGAUGGUGACUUCUUCAGCAGCAUGCUUUCACAUCAAACUGUCGUCGUCACUCCUACUGUGAUUUGUCUCGGCCUUCUCCUUCAGGGGGAAGGUUGGGGUUUGAAUGAGGAUUGAUCUGACGUGAAGAUUGAUACUGGAUGUGCAAUUCUUCAUAGGACUGCUUGCAUUUCUUCUGUUUUCUCUAUUUGAAGAGAAACCAAACUUAAACUUAAAAUUCUUAAUGUUUUUCCAAGAACUAACUUUGCCUUUCUUAGUCUUUUUGUCUAGCAAUGAGAUAUUAUUAAGUCCUUUCAUUUAGUGAUUUGUGUCCCCAGCAACUUCAUUUGUGGUUGGAAAAGUGCAGGAACCAUUUGAGGGAUGUGCAUAUUACUGUUGGACAAUUACGCUGCCAAUGAUUUUUAGAGGCCAAGGAUCUCGGGAUCGCUUAUGUGCAUCCUUUAUAUCCUCUAGAUGUGCUUGGCAUAAAGAACUACCUACAUAAAUUUCUUUUUUAGUAAAUAUUUAAAAUUACUUUGAGGGUUUUGUGUGUGUGUCUAUAAACAUCACCAUGGAAACACAUGUGAGUCUCUACUUAGGGCAUUUUCUUACAUAGUCCAUAUCUGAGGUGAUACCUCCAAGAACAGACAAGAAAGCCAAGACUGAAAAUUCAGAAAGAAAUCUCAUGAUAGGAAAGGGUCUGCUCAUGUUUAGACAAGGAAGGUUUCUUAGCUUCAUUAACUUUCUCUUGCCUCCUUCUCAUUUGUAACUGGGGUAGAAGUUCUUUUUUUUUUUUUAGAAAAAAAAAAUGCCAGAGGAUGUUCAGUAUUUAUCUCUGUCCUAUUGCUGCUAAAACUUGAACAGCUGAAUACCACACUUAUUUGAUUUUAUAGCAUUAUAAAUUAUCCUCACAAAUUUUCUGGUAUUAGUAAGUCUGUUGUAAUGAAGGGUCUUUUAUUUGGUAAAGGAGAAACAAUUGAUCAGCUAAGACUUACAUAUUUUCUUCUCUAUGGACAAGUUCUAUUUUGAGAUUGUUUUGAUUGAUUUUUGUUUUUUGUUUUUCAUCCUCUUCAAACUUUUCAUCUGACUGCAUCACUUUGGUAAAAAUUAGCAAUGGAUACAGAAUAUGUUCUGUGAUGUAUGUCUUGUUUUGUUGUUGUUGUUUUGUUUUGUUUUUAAUUACAAACUGGCCACCUUUUACAGGAAAGAGAAUGCCCACUUUGGAGUCAGCAAUGUUUAUUUAAAGAAUAAGUGAUAUAACACACGCUCUUUCGAGAUGUUUAGCAGGCAGCAUUAUAAAGCCCUUCACGUCGCAGAUACAUGAUCUGAGCUUUCUAAUUGACAUUCCCCGAUUUAGUUACACUGUGCUAGGAAAGUUCAUCACCUGUCAUGACUGCAUUCUGUCUGACUGUUCAAGUGGUUCUGGCAGUCGUCUUUCCGGACCAGAAUUCUUUUACAAAAUACACUAAUACCAGCUGUGAGGAGCACUGAGCACUGGUUCUUUCUUCAUCUACCAGUAGUCAAUGAUUUAGUAAUAAAAUGGUUAAGGUCCAAGAGUAAAUUAGUGAAAGAAACUCUGGAUGUGACAAAUGAGAGACUCUCUGCCACUUCCUGGAUAUUGGACAGUUCUAUAUUCCUUCACUGGAUAACAGACCUAAAACCAGCUUCAGUUGUCAUUUGUGGACUCCCCAGUGCCUGGGGGAAGGAGGCUCGUACCUAGCUGUGCUUUAUCCUACAAGGAUGAAGGGUGAUAGCUCAGAGCAUCCUCUGUCAACAAUCUCAGAGGAUACAAAAGCAGGAGAGAGGGAACGUGUGGAUGGCAAACAGAAUGGGUGGAGCCAGCAGUAGACAGGAAGAGCAGUAUAUGUCCCUGCCUCUAUCUGAGUAGUGCAGCAAGAAACUCCUAGCCAAGCACAAGACUGUCCUGGCACCAUCUGGCUGGAUCAGGAAAGAGAGAUCAGCCCAUCUGUAGAGAUGUGACAUGAGCUCAGAACUAUGCAGAGCAGAAGACCCGGAGAGGCUGUGAGGCAAUUGAAGUCAGAGAGGGGUAAAAAACAGAAAACUGCUUUCACCACCUUUAUUCUCUUCUCUAUCUUUUUCUCACCAUUUUCCUUCCUUCCUUCCUUCCUUCCUUCCUUCCUUCCUUCCUUCCUUCCUUCCUUCCUUCCUUCCUCCCUCCCUCCCUCCCUCCCUCCCUCCCUCCCUCCCUCCCUUCCUUCCUUCCUUCCUUCCUUCCUUCCUUCCUUCAUUCCUCCACUUCUUUUUCUACUGUUUCCGUCUCCCCAAGUAUUUAAUGGUGGUAAGAAAAAUUAAUAACUUGACUUUGCUAGGGCUAGUCACAAAAUUAUAUCAGUUCAUCACCUGCUGUAAGUUCUUUUCUUACAUAUAAUAUCUUUAUUAACAUUUGAGAAUGUCACACAUGCAUACAAUGUACUUUGAUCAUAUGUGUCCCCACUCCUCCCCCAAUCCAUCACAAUCCCUUCAACCUCUCCUCCCAACUUCAGGCCCUCUUUUUAAUUUGUGAAGCGUAUAUACUCGUGGGUUUCGAACCACCCACUGGAGCAUGACUGACCUACCAGAGGCUACACCUUUGAAGAAAGCUGACUUUCUCCCACCCCCAGCAACAAUUACCUUUCAAUGUCGACUGAGUAAAUGGUGGAAACCACGAGCCUCUCCCACCUCAAGGUUGGGAUGUAGACUGUUUUGAUUUUGUUCUACUUUCUGUAGGCAACCAAGGCUGUUGUGAGCUCAUGUGUCCAUCUUAUCAAUCUUUGGCCUGUUCUUCUCAGACCUCUGUCUCAUACAAUAUUACCCCCCACACACACACACACUUCUGGGGUUGCCUAUGAGCUUUGGGGAAAGCCACUUCACAUCUUUAAUAAUUAAAGAAAAGAAACAAAAUGAAGAAUAAAAUAAUUCAAAUUCCAUGGCCCCUUCCAAAUGAUUAAUUUUUAUAUUUUGUGAUAAUAUAACCUUGAGAUGAAAAUGUGUUCAUAGAAAUUAUCUUCUUCUGGAUGAGGAUGUCCUAAGAAAUGCUGACUACAUGGCAAAUGCUGAAAAUAUUUGCCCUGACCAUUGCUCAUGCAGUUCCUGAUGUCAGUUCUUCCCAUCAGGAUUUAUUGAGGGUACACAGUGAUGAGAAGAAGGAAGAGGAGAAAAGAAGGAAGGAAGGAAGGAAGGAAGGAAGGAAGGAAGGAAGGAAGGAAGGAAGGAAGAAGGAAGGAAGGGACCUUAAAGUCACAAUUGUGUGCAACUCCUAGGGACCUUAAAGUCACAA